CACAAAAGGCUAUAAGGCCAUUUCAUGAGUCAACUGUUGCCUUUCUCUCUCUCUGCUGCAUCCUUUCCCCUCUCGGCAUCUCACUUUGUUUUUUUUCUUUUUGCAAUCUCAAAAGCUUGAUCUAGCUUUAAUCUUUUGGAUUUUGGUAGAACAUUGUGAAGCAAAGUUGUUGAGCUCGUCGAGGCCGUCAAUUUGAUAGGAGCCAAUCAUAAUUUGGUGCACUCUAAGGAGUUCAAAAUUCUAGGGUUCUUGGGCUCAAAUUGGGGAUAUUCAUCAAUUUGAGCUUCAUGGCAACACAAAGGGAUCCCGGGGAAAGUUCUAGCUCCAAUCCCGUGGAAAGGGAUCAGGAGCAAGUUGAGGAAGAUAUCUUAUUGCGUGAUUUGGUCCCACCAAGAGAGGGACAAGCGAGGGGGACCGUUGACCCACCUUUUCAGAUAAAUAGGGAGCAGUUGAGGUUAGCCGUUCAGGAGGCUAUUUUUGAUGCAUAUCGACCGACAGGUGCGUCAUCGUCACAGUUUGUGCCACCACCGGCACCACCACCACCACUUCCAAAGAAAAAUGAGUUAGAUGAUACUCUUUACCACAUUGCAAAGUUUGUGAAAUUGAUGCCAACUCUGUUUGAGGGUGGUCCAGAUCCGCUUGUUGCGGAUAGUUUCAUGGAUAGGGUGGAGAAGCAUAUUAAUGCCAUGAAUUUGGCAACGGACAAGUUAAAGAUUACAUUGGCUACUUACAAUUUUGUGGGCGAUGCUGAGAUUUGGUGGAAGACCGUUUCUCACACCCAUAAUCUGGAUACUAUGACAUAUGCUACAUUCAAGAAGUUGUAUUAUGAGAAGUACUUUCCAGCGCCUAAGCGGAGGGAACUAAAGAAGGAGUUUGAUGGGUUAAAGCAAGGAAGUAUGACAGUUACAGAGUAUGAAAACAAGUUUACAUCACUUUUGAGGUUUGCACCGGGAAUUGCUAAUGAUGAAGAAGGAAAGAUAGAGAAAUUUGUUGAUGGCAUUGAUCUUACCAUUAGGCCAAUUGUAGCUGCUUCAGAACCGACAGAGUAUGCAAAAGCAGUGCGAAAGGCUUUAGUAGUUGAGGCUGAGAGUAAGGACAACAAGGCUAUCAGGGAGUCCUACAAGCACAACAGGGGUAUGAGUACUUUCUCCGAAGGUCAAUCAAGUAAGAAGCAAAAGCAUGAGCAGUCAGGGUUCAGAGGACAGCAGCCAGUCAGAUCUGCACCCACAGCUUCAGUGUCCAUGGGGUCUUCUAGACCGAAUGUUACUUGUUUCAGAUGCGGGCAGUUGGGACAUUAUAAGUCCCAAUGCACUCAGACACAGGUAGCUCAGAUGAUUUGUUUCAAGUGUGGGCAGCCAGGGCAUCACAAGUCCCAGUGUACUCAGAUUUAAAUGGCGUCUGGUGGAUGUUUCGGGUGUGGCCAGCAGGGCCAUAGGGUGAAAAAUUGUCCACAGCGGGGCAGUGGUUUGGGCAGAGUUGGAGGUUCACAGUAGAGGCUGAUGCAGUCUGCCACAGUUCAGUCAGGGUUUCAACCACCACCACCACCUCAGCCGUCUCAGCCAACUAUGUCAGCCCAGAGUUCUCGACCUGGUAGGGGAGCUUCUUCGAGUGCACCUACUCAGCAGUCUGGUUAUCAGGCAGGCAGCUCUCAGGGCCAGAAGACCCAGGGUCGCGUGUUUGCACUCACUCCAGCCGAGUCACCAUCCAGUCCUUCAGUUGUCAGGGGAUAUGGAAAAGAGGUGGCGGACGACGGUCCACCACAAGUUUAGAUGAGCUUGAAGACCCAUUCUAUUUUGUUAUCUUUUGUAUUAGACUCUAAUAUUUUGUAAAUGUAAUAUUAACUACCUUGUGACACUUUAGUUUAAUUAGUAUAAUGUUGUAAGCUAUGGACUUUUAAUUCUAUCUACAUUUUAUGGACUGUAAUUUGAUGUAACUUAAGUGGGUUCCAUGUUUGGAUGAGAUGGAGGAACGGGACUUUUGUAUGUAUGUAACUAUUUUGGGAAUGUAGUAUAAUAUUUGAAUUGUGCGUUGGGACAUGAUAAGUUAGAUUUAAGGCCCAGUGAGGCCAUUGCAUUUAUUUUUGUAUUUCUACAGGUUGUUGAGGGACGUUUUCUGCGGAAGUCAUGCCGAAUUUUUUUAUAGAUUUUAUUAUUAUUUUAGUAUCUUUUUGAGUCGUUACAUCAGAAACGUUUUACGUUUCAGUUUUCAUUCAAAACGAAAACAACAUUUUUAUUAUGGAGUGUGAUUAAUAAUGAUUGAAAACAUGUUUGGUAACAAAAAGAUUAUUGUAAGAUUUUUGGACGCAAAAAUAUAAAAACAUAUUUAAUAAAAAAAUGUUACAAGUUUGGAGCAUUAUUUAUGCAACAUUUGGUUACAAAAUAAAUCAUUAUUUACCGAUACAUAUUACAACCCAAAACAAUGCUAAAGUAUCUUACCCCCAAAAAAAAAAAAAAAAAAAAAACCACACACACACACACAACACAAAACAAUAAAUAGGCCGAACUCACAAAACAUACACACCAUAAAAAAAUUAUAAUAAAAAAAUAAACUAAAAAAUAUAAAAAUAUAUUGCAAGCAGGGACGGAGUCAUGCUGUACGGUAGGGGGAGGGGGCAAAAAUGAAUUUUGGGAGGUAACAGUAUAUUUUUUUCGUAAUUUCAAGAGAGCAAAUGUAAUAUUUUAUGGUUAUAUUACUGAAAAAAACAAAUUAUAAGGAUAGAUUACUAUAAAAAAAAUAAAAAAAAAUUUAGUGCGGCCCUAAUUGCAAGUUUGGAACAAUAUUUAUGCAACAUUUUGGUAUAAAAUAAAGGGCAAAUUUCACGAAACCCCCAAUACUAUCUUUUUUUUUUUUUUUUAUUUUAUCAAAUACCCCCAACUUUUUAUUUUAUCAAAUACCCCCAACUUACUUUAUAAAACCCCCAACACUAUGAAAAUUAAUCACAUUACA